UUCACUUCUCUUCUUCUGUUCAGCUGCAAGAAAGCUUUUAGAGAUUCCACCGGGGGACUGGGCACAGGGAACUGAAUUCAUUUGUUAACCGCGGUGGAUCUUCAGCGCUAGGCUGAUGUUUUGCAUGGAACUCAACUGAUCACCUUGAGCACCCCUAAUUACGCUGAUUUAUUGCUGAUAAUCACUCACAAUGGAUACCAAUCAAAAAUGCGGGGAUGGACUGACGGGCAUGCAGAAAGAGGCAGCGCUGCGCACUCUCAUCCAGCGCACAGGAUAUCAUUUGCUUCAGGAGAAUGGACAGAGGAGGUACGGGGGACCGCCCCCGGGCUGGGAAGGCCCUCCCCCAGAGAGAGGCAGCGAGAUCUUUGUGGGGAAGCUUCCCCGGGACCUCUUCGAAGACGAGCUGGUGCCACUCUGCGAGAAAUUCGGAAAAAUCUACGAGGUGCGGAUGAUGAUGGACUUCAAUGGAAAUAAUCGCGGUUAUGCAUUUGUGACUUUCACCACCAAACAAGAAGCCAGGAAUGCCAUGAAACAGCUCAAUAAUUAUGAAAUAAGGAAUGGGAGACUCUUGGGAGUGUGUGCAAGUGUGGACAACUGUCGGCUGUUUGUCGGGGGCAUCCCAAAGACAAAGAAGCGGGAGGAGAUUUUGGCAGAGAUGAAGAAAGUAACGGAUGGAGUGGUGGAGGUUAUCGUCUACCCCAGUGCAGCAGACAAGAACAAGAACAGGGGCUUUGCCUUUGUGGAGUACGAGAGCCAUCGUGCUGCUGCCAUGGCAAGGAGAAAGCUGCUGCCAGGGAGGAUUCAGCUGUGGGGACAUGCAAUCGCUGUGGACUGGGCCGAGCCGGAAGUGGAGGUGGAUGAGGACACCAUGGCUACCGUGAAAAUUCUUUAUGUGAGGAACCUUAUGUUAGCCACCACAGAGGAGACCAUUGAGAAGGAGUUCAACAGCAUCAAGCCAGGGGCUGUGGAGCGAGUGAAGAAGAUAAGGGACUACGCCUUCGUCCAUUUCACCCAGAGAGAGGACGCCAUAAACGCCAUGAACGCUCUAAACGGGAAGGUGGUGGAUGGGUCGCCGAUUGAGGUGACUCUGGCCAAGCCCGUGGAUAAGGACAGCUACGUGCGCUACACCCGGGGGACCGGCGGGCGGGGUGCGGCCCUGCUGCAGGGGGAGUACGCGUACACACUGGGGCAGGUGUACGACCCCUCCGCUGCCUACCUGGGUGCGCCCGUCUUCUACGCCCCCCAGGCGUACGCUACCAUUCCCAACCAGUUCCGCUUCCCCAGCGCAAAGGGCCACGUGGGCACACGGGGGCUGGUCCGCACGCCGUCUGUCAGAGAAAUUUACAUGAAUGUACCUGUAGGGGCGGCGGGAGUGCGAGGGCUGGGUGGACGGGGAUACCUUGCCUAUGCAGGUAUGGGGCGUGGCUGCACCGCCUACCAGUUAAAGACAGACAAGCGCCCCGAGGACAAGCUCUACGACCUCCUGCCCGGCAUGGAGCUCACGCCCAUGAACCCAGUGACCCUGAAGCCCCAGGGCAUCAAACAUGCCCCCCAGAUCUUGGAAGAUAUCUGCCAGAAGAAUAACUGGGGACAACCAGUUUACCAGCUUCACUCUGCAAUCGGCCCGGAUCAGAGGCAACUCUUUUUGUACAAAGUCACCAUCCCCGCACUGGCCACCCAGUACCCCAAUGUGCAUCCAUUUACACCAGCAAAGCUGUGCGCAGCCAUGGAUGAAGCCAAAGUUCAUGCCGCGGAGCACGCCCUGCAGAUCCUGGGUCUACAGACAGAGGGCGCCGAAGCAUCUGCUGCUGCUGCCGCCGUUGCUGCUGCAUUCCCAGGUUACACAAUAGCCAACACCACCGCCACGGUGGCCUCCCAGCUGAAACAGGCCGUGUCACUUGGCCAGGACCUGGCUGCGUACGCGGCCUAUGAGGGCUACCCGGCAUUCGCCGUGGCGACGCGCGGGGAUGGAUACGGGGUCUUCUGAGGAGCACGCUAGGGACUCCGGCGGCGCCACACUUUAGCCAUCUGCCUUCUGAAGGGUGUCGAUUUUUUCCAUUAUCUGCUGUAGAUUUCCCUUGAUUCUUGUUCAGUAGUUUUGUAGUGCUUACUCUCCCUGUUAAGCGAUGCCUUCCUAAUCAUCUGAAAUGAAAUUGUAAUUUGUGUUAUGUCUGAGUGUGUCAGCCAGCCUUUGACUUCUCUUGUGAGUGGGCUAGCCUGUGCCAGAUGUUUACAGAAUGAAAUCUCCUGUCCUUUUUAGUUUAGAAAUCCAUCCCUUGUUCUUCUUCUCUUUCUUUAGUCUUAAUGGUGAGCAUAUUGAAUAUGACAGGAGAGUGUACUCCCCCCCCCCCCCCCCCCCCC